CAAAUCCUAGUGGCAAUUUCAAUAACUCUUUCUCUUUUAAACCAUUUCUUUCUCUGUCUUCAAUAAAACUUUCGAACCUCCAAAAAAAAAACUCAGAGAAAGUAAGAAACAAUGAGAGGACUCUCCACAAAAUCCGGUACGAUACUCAUCGCAAUCCUCACCGUCCACUUCUUAUUCGCCGCCGUAACCUCCCAAUCCGCCGGAUUCACCGGAGACUUCAUGCAAAUCGAGUCAAAAUGCAACGGUACCAUCGCCGAGUGCUCCUUAUCAACGGCGGAGGAGUUCGAGAUGGACUCUGAGAUCAACAGGCGUAUUUUAGCAACAACGAAGUAUAUAAGCUACGGUGCGCUGAGGAGAAACACAGUACCUUGCUCACGACGCGGCGCAUCUUACUACAAUUGUCGACGUGGAGCUCAGGCUAAUCCUUACUCUCGUGGUUGUAGCGCCAUUACUCGUUGCAGGCGAUAAUCUCUCUCUUUCUCUCUAUAUGUAUUUUAAAUUUUUAUUCUCAAUUCUUUUGUUUUAAUCUUAUACAAUUUUUCAGAUUAUUAUUUAUAUUUUUUACUGGUAAUUUAUUUACUUGUGUUUAUAGUUUCAUUGCAAUAUAAUUGAUAUAAGAAC